UGCGGAUUCAGAAAUGAAUGUCACCAGCGACCUGGGCAAACGCAGUCAGGCUCCUUGUCCAGGAGUAGAGGCGGCUGGCCGGCGAGGGUGGACAAGCCUUGCCCGCAGUGGGGUCUUGGAUCCCACACGGGAGGAGGGCGGCUGGGCCAGACAACCAGCAGAGUCCGGAGCCUGAACCCUCUCCGUCCGUCCGGACAUUGGCCCGCCUCUCUGCUCCACGCAGCCUCUGUCUCCGCAGCUGGAAACUGCUAACACGCCGUCGUAGCGCGUUGGGAGACCGUGGAUCUGAGUUCCUGACCGCACUGAGGAGAGGCCGAGCUCCCUCUGUCCACCGCCCACCCCCUGGCCUCAGCGACCCCUGCCCGCUCUCGCCUAGAUCAGAGCUCUCCCUGGAAUCGCUCGCUUCUUGUUAGCACAGACGGCUGGACUUCCGAUUCAGUGCAUCCAGGCCCGAGAGCUGGCAUUUCUAAGUCCCUGGGCCACUGCAGCGCGGGGACCCCACCUAGGAAUCGCUGGCCCCGGAGCGAACUGCACAGAAUGGCCCCUGGCAGACGAGCAGUCCCCGAAUCCCCGGCCGCCGACACAGCCGGAGGUUGCCGGGCAGAGCCAGACGGCGCGCGUUCCUAUUGGCCGCAGGUGGGCCGCGCCCCGCCCGACAGGGACAUGCUGAUCACCAGCCUGGACGCGGCGACCACCUUCGAGGAGCUCUGCGCGGAAGUGAGGGAGAUGUGCAGCCUGCACCGGGGGCAGCCGCUCACCCUCAAGUGGGUGGACAGCGAAGGUGACCCCUGCACUGUGUCCUCCCAGAUGGAGUUGGAGGAGGCCUUCCGCCUGUCCUGUCAGCACAGGGACGAUGGGCUCGUCUUUCACGUGUUCCCCAGCAGCCCCGAGCAGCCCGGCAUGCCCUGCCCCGGAGAAGACAAAUCCAUCUACCGCCGCGGCGCCAGAAGAUGGAGGAAGCUGUACCGAGCCAACGGCCAUCUCUUCCAAGCCAAGCGCUUUAACAGGAGAGCGCACUGCGGCCACUGCAGCGAGAGGAUAUGGGGCCUCGCGAGGCAGGGCUACAGGUGCGUCAACUGCCGACUGCUGGUGCAUAAGCGCUGCCACGCCCUCGUCCCACGGACCUGCGAGGGGCGCAUGGAUUCUGUCAUGCCUUCCCAAGAACCCGCAGCUGACGACAAGGACGACGACGCAGACCUCCCUUCCGAGGAGACCGAUGGCGUUCCCUACAUCCCUUCCUCCCGGAAACAUGGCACCGUUAAGGAUGAUUCUGAGGACCUCAAGCCAGUCAUCGACGGGAUGGACGGGAUCACAAUCUCUCAGGGGCUGGGGCUGCAGGACUUCGACCUCAUCAGGGUCAUCGGGCGCGGGAGCUACGCCAAGGUCCUCCUGGUGCGGCUGAAGAAGAACGACCAGAUCUACGCCAUGAAGGUGGUGAAGAAGGAGCUGGUGCAUGACGAUGAGGACAUCGACUGGGUGCAGACGGAGAAGCACGUGUUCGAGCAGGCGUCCAGCAGCCCCUUCCUGGUCGGCCUGCACUCCUGCUUCCAGACGGCCAGCAGGCUGUUCCUGGUCAUAGAAUACGUCAACGGCGGGGACCUCAUGUUCCAUAUGCAGAGGCAGCGGAAGCUGCCGGAGGAGCACGCCAGGUUCUAUGCCGCCGAGAUCUGCAUCGCUCUCAACUUCCUGCACGAGCGGGGGAUCAUCUACCGGGACCUGAAGCUGGACAACGUCCUCCUGGACGCCGACGGCCACAUCAAGCUCACAGACUACGGCAUGUGCAAGGAAGGCCUGGGCCCUGGGGACACCACGAGCACUUUCUGCGGAACUCCGAAUUACAUCGCCCCAGAAAUCCUGCGUGGGGAGGAGUAUGGCUUCAGUGUGGACUGGUGGGCGUUGGGCGUGCUCAUGUUCGAGAUGAUGGCCGGGCGCUCCCCCUUCGACAUCAUCACCGACAACCCGGACAUGAACACUGAGGACUACCUGUUCCAAGUGAUCCUGGAGAAGCCCAUCCGCAUCCCCCGCUUCCUCUCCGUCAAAGCCUCCCACGUCUUGAAAGGAUUUCUGAACAAGGACCCCAAAGAGAGGCUCGGCUGCCGGCCGCAGACUGGGUUUUCCGACAUCAAGUCUCACGCGUUCUUCCGCAGCAUAGACUGGGACCUGCUGGAGAAGAAGCAGGCGCUGCCGCCCUUCCAGCCGCAGAUCACGGAUGACUACGGCCUGGACAACUUCGACACGCAGUUCACCAGCGAGCCAGUGCAGCUGACGCCAGAUGACGAGGACGCCCUGAAGAGGAUCGACCAGUCCGAGUUCGCGGGGUUCGAGUACAUCAACCCGCUGCUGCUGUCCACCGAGGAGGCCGUGUGAGGCGGCCCGCGUGAGGCCACCCGUCCUCUCCCCCGACCCCGCGCGUCGGGGCGGGCGCUGCGCUGAGACUGCCCGCGUAGCCGGGGCGCCUCUCGGGGCAGAAGUCUCCCAGCAGCCCGCACAGCAGCUUCGAGCCGGAGGACUUUGCUCUUUGUGCCUGCGUCGCGGAGGCCCCGCAGCGACCGCGUCCGAGGGAGACACGGCCCGCGGUUCCGAAGGUGCACACUUCCCACAGAUAAAGCGGAACUGACCCGCUGCACCGGGGGACUCACCUGUAAUGUCCGGGGAAUAAAGCGUACCGAUGGUGUA